UUUAACCCAUUUAAAGUAAGAAGUGUUGUGGUUUGCUAUUAAUAAAGUAUGGGUGUAAAUAUUAUAGUUUUAGGGGCUGGGGUAGUCGGAUUAUCAACUGCAGUAAAUAUACAAAGUAGCAUACCUAAUGCAUGUGUUAAAGUUAUCGCGGAUAACUUUUAUGAAGGCACAACAAGCUAUGGUUCUGGCGGACUGUUUAUCCCGACCUCACAAACUCAAGAUGGAUCAGACGUUGAAAAAUUGAGGAAAUGGUGCGCCGAUUCUUGGAAAUUUUACGCAAGCCUUGCAACAGGACUAGAGGCCGGAAACUGUGGUGCAAUUAUAUCAAGUGGCUAUCAGCUUUGUAACGGUAACUUGGAACGUUAUCAGAAUGCUCUUUAUAAAGAAUUUGUAUUUCAAUAUGAGAGACUGUCUGAUAAAGAAAUGGAAGACUUUGGAUUUUUACCACAUUACAAAUUUGGUUUCAAGGUAAUAACUAUUGCUUUGGACCAGAGGAAAUACUUGAUAUGGCUUCAACAAAG